AUGCGCCCGCCGCGUCGGCCCCCCGCGCUGCUUGGCCUGGCCGCCCUGCUCGCCACAGUGACGGGGGCCCGCGGCCUCGCGGACGGCGCCCCGCGCUCCUCGCCGCCCGCCUUCCUGCCCGUGAGCCUCCGCGUGGACGCCGCCGCCGCCUUCCUGCUGCGCCAGGCCCACCAGGACGAGAUGCGCAACGCCAGCCUGCGGGCGCGCGCCGAGGCCUUCCUGGUGCUGCGCGCCCGGCGGCCGCCCACGCUCCGCGCGCGCUACGGGCCCUUCUCGGCGCGGCGGCCGGUGCCCCGCGACCUGCUGCAGCCCGGCCGCCCCGGGCCCCCGGGGCCCCCGCUGGGCUGGCGGCUGCGCGCCCACGUCCUGCGGGACCAGCUGGACCCGGGCCGGCCGGUGGCGCAGGUCCUGUUCCAGGUGCUGGGCCGGGACUGGGCGGAGCCGGAGCCCUCGGACCCGGAGCCGCUGCCCUGCCUGCGGGCCUUCGCCUUCCUGGAGACGCGCGAGGUGCGGGCCGGCUGCCGGCCGCGGGGCGCGCUGGCGCUGUGCGUGGCGGAGCUGCGGCUGCCGCCCGGCUGGUUCGGGGUCCCGGCCGCGGUGCCCGGGAGGCGGCGGCCGGCGGGCCCAGAGGGGGGCAGCCCCGUGGAACUGUACUACACGGUGCACGCGGCGGGCGCCGGGCCCGGGGGCCGCGGGGACUGCGUGCGGGCGGAGCCGGGGGCCCGGGCCGGCGGCGCGGGGCGCGUGGACGUGGACGAGGCGGACGAGGCGGGGCCGCCGCUGCGGAGGAUCGGCCGCGUGUUCCUGCUGCCCGCGCCCCGCCGGCCGCCGCUGCGGGCGCUGCGCCUGGACGACCACGUGGUCGUGCACUACCCGCCGCGGAGCGCACGGCCCGGCGAGGUGCUCACCUUCCCCGUCUCCGUCUCCGCCAACUGCACGCAGGACCGGUUCACGCUGAGGGCCAAGGCCAAGCCCGGCGUGCGCAUCGCCGCGGUCCGAGCCAGCAGCCCGGCCGCCUGGGAGGUCCAGGCGAGCGCGGACCGGGCCGGCAAGGUGGCCCCCGCCGUCGUCGUCUGCCGCAGGAAGGCCCCCGGCCCGGCCCACGGGGCCGCCGGCGCCACCCAGGAGGUCAUGCAGGUGGACGUGGAGAUCGAAGCGCCCGGCGACCCGCCGGCCACGCAGCUGGUCACGUGGCAGGUGGAGUACCCGGGCGACGUGGUGUCGGACCUGGGCGUCUCCAAGAUCUACGUGAGCCACCAGGACCUGGUGGGCAUCGUGCCCCUGGCCACGGAGGCGGAGAUCCUGAACACGGCGGGCCUCACGGGGCGGGCGGUGGCCGUGCCGGUGAAGGUGGUCUCGGUGGAGCAGGACGGCACCGUCACCCUCCUGCCGCGGGCCGUGGAGUGCCGCUCGUCCGACGAGGGCGUCGUCAAGGUGUCUGACCGCUGCGACCAGGUCUUCGUGAACGGGAGGGAGAUGAAGGGGCAGGUGGACGCCGUGGUGACCUUCGCCUACCAGCACCUGAGCGCGCCCCUGCACCUCACCGUGUGGGCGCCCCGCCUGCCGCUGCACAUCGAGGUCUCGGACCCCGAGCUCAACCAGAUCAAGGGCUGGAGGGUGCCCGUCGUCCCCAACAGCAGGCCAGCUCGGGACAGCGAGGAGGAGGAAGAGGAGGAGAGGCGGGGCCGGGGCUGCGCCCUGCAGUACCAACACGCCAUGGUGCGCGUCCUGACUCAGUUCGUGGCCGAACCGGCUGAGCCUGGGGGCCCCCUGGCCCACCUGCUGGGCUCCGACUGGCAGGUGGACGUCACGGAGCUGGUGCGGGAGUUCAUGCAGGUGGAGGAGCCUCGCAUCGCCCGGCUGCAGGGCGGGCAGGUGCUGGUGGGCCAGGAGCUCGGCAUGACCACCCUGCAGGUCCUGUCGCCCCUGUCGGACGCCAUCCUGGCGGAGAAGACCAUCAGCGUGCUGGACGAGAAGGUGGCCGUCACGGACCUGGGGGUGCAGGUGGUGGCCGGCCUGGCUCUCUCCCUGCAGCUCAGCCCGGGCAGCAACAGAGCCAUCCUCGCCACGGCCACCGCCCAGGAGCUGCUGCAGCGGCCCCACCAGGAGGCGGCCCUCAGCUGCUGGCUGCAGUUCAGCGACGGGGCCGUCUCGCCGCUGGACAUCUACGCGGCGGGAGACUUCGCGCUGACGGCCACCUCCGCGGACUCGCGCGUGGUCUCCAUCCGCCAAGACGCCGGCGCCCAGUGGCCCGUGGUCGUCGCGGAGUCCGAGGGCCAGGGCGCGCUGGUCCGGGUGGAGCUGUCUGUCAGCGAGUCCUGCCAGAGGGCCACGCGGAGGGGCGUGCUGGCCGCGGGCACCGCCGCCGUCCGGGUGAACUUCGGCCAGACGGACGCCGUCCGCCCCAACGCCAGCCGCGGCGGACACACGGGGGCCGGCGUGCCCCUGGACAACCACGGACAGGCGGACAGGGGGCUCCGCGGGCCCCCUCAGGAGCCGGACGGGCCGGGGGGCCAGGCGCCCGGCAGCGCGUCUGCCUCCGUGGGCCCCGCAGGAGGGAGAGGGCCGGCGACCACGGAGCGGUGGGCCUUGCGGAGGGACCAGGGCUGGGAGGGCCUCUCGGAGGGCCUGGGCAGCCUACAGACCGCCCCCACCCACCUCUCCGGCUCCCCGGCCCAGGCCCAGCCCCCCGGGAGCCACGGCGACACGAACACGGACGCGAGCGACCCGGCGCAGGCCUCCAAGGGGCUGGGCGACCUGGAGAUCGGCAUGUACGCGCUGCUGGCCGCCUUCUGCCUGGCCAUCCUGGUCUUCCUGGCCAACUGCGCCGCCUUCGCCCUCAAGUUCCGGCGGCGCAAGCAGCUGCCGCUGGAGGAGCAGGAGGGGCUGAGCCACGCGCACGACUGGGUGGGGCUGGGUCCGGGCGCGGAGCUGCUGGACAGCCGCCUCCCCUUCGCCCCGGACGCGCCGCUGGUCAGCACGGCGGACAGGGGCCUGGACGCCGAGGAGAGCCGGCUCCUGCUCAGCACCCUGGACAGCGCCAACGGGCCGCUGCGGGGCGGGCCCGGGCCCGCGGGCGGCACCCACGGGGGCGACGACGGGGAGAGCGGGCCGCCCGCGUCCCCCACGUCCAAGAGGAGGAGGGUGACCUUCGCCACCUUCUCCUCCGUCGCCUCCCCGGAGGACAGGGGUCCCGCGGGCGCCCCGGGGACGGGCGGCGAGGAAGGCGCGGCCUGGGUCUGCCGGGCCCUGGACGCUGCGGAGCGGGACGCAGGCGGCCGCGUGGACGGGAUCCUCUGGGAGGACGCGUAG